AUUGGGAGUUUGUUUCCAUCUUCACCAUCAAUAAAUUCAUUCAUUUCAACCCCAAAUCAUUCACCAAUCUUUCUUGUUCUUGGGAAAAUGGGAGUUCUUCAUUAUUUAGACACCAUUUUAGUUCCAUUAAGCUUCUUCAUCACAUUUGGUUACCAUGGCUAUCUUUGGUACCAAUUCAAAACCAAACCAUCUUGCACCACAAUCGGCAUCGAAUCGAUCAAGCGAAAACAUUGGCUAAAAGACAUGAAACAGGGAGAUGAUAAGCAAGGUACGUUAGCGGUACAAAGUUUAAGAAACACGUUGAUGAGUUCUAUACUAGUUGCUAUGGUAACAUCCAUUAUAACGGUGGCGUUGGCUGCUUUGAUCAACAACACGUAUAGUGCGAAAAAUCUCUUCACCAGUUCAUUUUUCGGAUUACAUACGACCAAAGUCCUUUUCCUCAAAUAUGGUUCGGCAUUCCUCUUCUUGUUAACUAGCUUUCUCUGCAGCUCGAUGGCCGUUGCAAGUUUGAUUGAUGCAAAUUACCUGAUUUAUGCAUUGGGAGCUGAACCGGAUGCCGAAGGAGUCGCCUCACCAUCGCCAUCAACAUCUCGUAAAUACACCAGGGAUAUUUUGGAAAGAGGGUUUAUUUUAGCAAUUUUUGGGAAUCGGAUGCUUUGCAUAACAUUUCCAUUGCUAUUUUGGUUGUUCAGUCCAGUUGUAUUCGUGUUUGCUUCUAUGGUGUUGGUUUGGGGGCUUUAUAUGGUUGAUUUUGUUAAUGUCGCUACUUGUUACUAACAAGUGGAACUCAUUAACAAAUAUGAAUUUUGUACGACGGGUGAUGAUUUGCACUUUAGAAGUUCUUUUUUUUUCUUCACUUGAUUAGCUCAAAAUCUCUAUGAUUGAGUUGUUAAUCAAUUCAAUAAAGUGGAGUAUACACAUUAAUCAUG